CUGCACUUGAGUCAAACCUCGCACAAUGGCCAUGCAGGGCUCACCGGUAUCUUGGCCUCGCACGUCACCCACUGAGUCCACGUCGAGCACGACUUUCAGUUUCAUAGCGGACGAUACGGAGCGCUCGGAUGCAUUCCCGGCCGUCCUGAUUGUCCGCAAUUCGAAGUUCUACCUCGAGGAUGGGACGGUGAUCCUCCGCGUGCGAUAUGAGCCUUGGGGAGAGACGCCGGAAGAUCACCUGUUCAAGGUGCAUCGGUAUUUUUUGGAGCGCGAUUCAGAAGUCCUUCGAAGGAUACUUUGUCUGUCUCCAGGAAAGAAUGGACAAGAUGGGAUGGCGGAAGAGACAGCCAUUCUGCUACCGGACGUUACGCCUGUCGAGACAGAGUGCCUCUUGUCUUUCCUAUACUUCGGCAUGUACGAGAGAGACGUGCCUCUCGUUGACUGGCAGGCGCUGCUAUCCAUCUCAUCCAAGUUCAAGUUUCAGAAGAUUCGGGAGCGCGCGAUCAACGAGAUCACGACACAUCAUCCUCCGCUCGACCCUGUCGAGAGGCUCGCUCUUGCCGCCAAGCACGAUGUCCCUCAGUGGCUGAAGUCUGCUUACGUUGAAUUGUGCCAACGUACACGAGCGCUGUCCCCACUCGAAGCGAAGCGAUUGGGACUGGAGACGGCCAUGCGUCUCGCGGGAGCGAGGGAGGCCGUGCUGCAACGGCGUCUUGAACGACUAGACGUUAUGGAGACUGCUGGAGUUCUGCCGACAGAAGAUAUCUCGUUGAUCGUAUCUCAAGUUAUUGAGGCCGAAUUCUUCAAGGAAAGGCCAAAAAUAAAUAUCGGCAGUCAUUCUAGUUCUGUGCACGAGGUGACAAACUACGGUGCUCCGCCACCACUCCCUAGGAGGAAGAGGAUGAAAUCUUGACACGACGGUCUGGUGUACUGAAACAUUUUCAAAAGAUUUCACUGCGUUGACGGACGUCGUUCCCUUGAUUCCUGCGUCAUGUUAUUGAUAUUUGCUCCUCGUGAAUGGUCUUAUCCUAGUAGCGCCCAUGAUGUGAGCGACUCUUUCGCUACGUAUCGUCUCACGAUCAAUGGGCCAACUGAGCACACCGGCGUGCUUGACAGCAUACUUGUACGCUACAAAUUAUGUAAGGAACCCCAGUGUGGCGCAUCGCAACUACAGUUACGAAGGGAGCGGCGUCAGCGUUAGGGAUUGCUAUGGGGAAUAUGACAGAUGAGAUUGUUGUGUCAAGGGCCUGCGUUGCCUGGGGGUCUGGAGGAUUGGGGG